AUGCCGGGCUCUACCUCUGCUAGCACUUUAUUUGGUUUUCGCAAUCUCAGUAAUGACUGUGAUUGCACAAAAAGAAGGCGAGAGCUAACGGAGCCGCAAUCCUACGGGCAGAGAAAAGGUGAAUAUCAAUUUAUUUGUCGCCAGUGUACGCAAGUGUUUACGUUUCCUAAUACUCUAAAAGCACACAUAAUCUUCCAGUGCGCAGGACGAGGAAGACAAGUGAAGGCAUAUAAAGACACUCAGUGCCACACUGACAAUCCAUCAUUACACAACUGCGACAGUAGACGGACGACAGUCAAGCUGGAAGCCGGACUUGAGGAUAUGAGCACUCUUUAUCUCAGCCCUAAUUCUGAAACAGAUGUUCUACAAGUAUCUAAAGCAGUAAGCGAUACAAUGGGAAUCAAGCCUGAGUCUGAGAUUUCGCGGACAAGCCACGGUCAUAGCAGUAAUUUUAUGUCUAUCUCUGAAACACCACACAUAACAUUACUGUCAGAGCAAGAGUCCAAACAAGCGUUCAACCCUAACGGAAGUAUGAGUUUUGGCAACUCAAUUAACAGUUAUAACAGCAUGAAUGGUUUCAGUAACUUCAACAACUUUUCACUGGCCAUGAACCAGUUUCCAUUUCUCUCCGGUUUUAACAAUGAUCAGUUCACCCUGAAGGAAUCUCCCAGAGGAAUUCACGAAACGGGCAGCGAGGGGAACUCAACGCCAAAGUCUUCGCCUCCAUUCUCCAUGGCUUCUGGUUCAGAGUCGCAUAAUCUAGUCAAGUCCCCAGAUAGGCUUCAGGGACCGGUUCUCACGCCUCUUACGCCCGUCAGUCUACCAUCGUUUAACUCGGACACAUUCGGAAUGAAGGAAACGAUGAAGAACAGCCCUCUUAUUCCACCUGCGAAUCAACAGUUUAAUACAAGCUUCAAUGGGUUUAAAAGCCCAGAUCUUGGAACAGUUCCAACAUCUGAUUUCCCUCCUAUAUCACGACCUCUAUUAAAUGAUCUAAGUGGAAUGCGAUACAGUCUUUCACAAGAUUCCUUCAGUCAACACCAAAUGGACGUUCUAUCGAAUCCAGCGUUUCUGCUCCAACCAAGGCCACCACCUCUAUGUAGUCCCUCUGGAAUGCCGUAUUUUAAGUACGGAUUUCCUCAAGGGUUUUCGGCCAUGAACGGGCAGCCACCGGUUGGCCUUCCUAGUCCAAUGAUGUUCAAUGGCGCCGAACAAAACAUGAAUCGACUGCCCACACCAACAAGCACUCAGCCGCAAGAUUCCGGAACAAGCAUGAGCGGAAGCCCGAGUCUGAUACAAGAGAAAAACAAAGCAGGCUGCAGCGAAGAUAUGAUUAACGAUCUUAAUUCCAAGAAAGUCAAUAAAGGCUACCUCUGUGAACUGUGCGGUAAACUGUACACUAGAAAAUACGGCCUCAAAAUUCAUAUGAGAAUCCACACGGGGUACAAGCCCUUAAAAUGCAAGUACUGCCAAAAAAGAUUCGGGGACCCAAGCAACAUGGCUAAACACAUACGCCUCCAUGCAGUCGGGGACACCCCUUAUAAAUGUCAGUACUGCGGGAAAGUAUUAGUUAGGAGAAGAGAUUUGGACCGACAUAUUAAAUCGCGGCAUCCCAACGGACGAUAGAAUAGAAAGUAUAUCCUAAUCCUUUGGUCAUAUAUUUAGGAUAAAUUAAUUUUAUGAACAUAUUAAAUUAACUUCUAUGAAGACAUCGUUUAUAUAUUGAAGCCGAGCGCUUCAAGUUCCUUAAAGAAAGACGUUUUUCAUGCAUUCAAUCGUUUCAUAGAUCAGAAAAACCUUUAUAUAAUAGAAGACAGUAAGUUUGUACAUAAAGAAAAAAAAAGGAUAAAAAAAGAAAAGAGAUUGAAAAAUUACGUGGCCAAGGUUACCUUAUUAUAAAAUUAAGAGAAAAAAGAAGCAUAACUUUGUAGAUACAAGUUAUGAAGUCAAAUAAAAUACAUUUGAAAAGGCU